AUGAUCGCCAAACGAAGCUUCAGAGUGCCAUCGUGGCAUAAACAGGAUUGGGAGGGCGGCAAUUUGGUCGGUAUUCAGAGCCGCGCUGCUGUAAAAGCGCGCCCCGGCGGGUCACUAACUGAAUUACUGGUGAGCUUUUUAGAGCUUUUUCAGAGGACGGCUUCAGAGCUAAUCAGGCUAACAUUGCGUGUCAGGGCAGCGCAACCGUGCACCCACCUGGCCCACAAUCCAUUUAUCAAGUUGCACUGGCUAGGUGAAGUCCCUAAAUAA